AUGCCGAUGUUUCUGAAUCUCGAAGAAAGCAGUGAUUGGAUGUUUAAAAAGAGCGAGAAGAGGACGAUGGACGCUUUCGUACUUUCUCACGUGGUACAAAGUGACUAUGAGUUCCUUAUAAAUAGAAGGCUCGUAACCCUUUUUACCGCACCGCACUACUGUGGAAAAUUCGAUAACGCUGCAGCGGUGAUGAAAAUCAACAAAGACCUGCUGUGCUUGUUCAAGGUAGGAGCGAACUACUUUUUAGCACAUCCGAAGGCUCUCCGUUCUCUACUUGGUUUCAUUAGAGUAUUUUACGAAACGCUGAAUUUCUAG